UGUUACAAAAGUUAAGUGAAAGAUGUUUCAAAGGUUGUCAUGUUUGAGGCUUGUGAGGCCGGCGGUGCGGAAUGCGUCCACGGAAGCAGUGACUCCCACCUGGCCCCGCAAAAUCUUCUCCGGCGUCCAACCCACCGGUGCACUCCACAUCGGCAACUACCUCGGCGCCAUCAAGCGCUGGGUCGACCUGCAAAACUCGGGCGAGGACGUCACGUACUGCAUCGUCGAUCUGCACUCAAUCACACUACCCCAGGACCCGGACUUGCUCCGGCACAACAGUCUCCAGAUGGCGGCCACGCUACUAGCUUGCGGAAUCAACCCCGCCAAAUCGACGCUCUUUUUGCAAUCCGGAGUUCCGCAGCACGCGGAGCUAUCUUGGAUUCUGGGCUGCAUGACCACGAUGGCGCGGCUGACGCACUUGCCGCAGUACAAGGAGAAGUCGGCGAAGCUGAAGGAGAUUCCGCUGGGGUUGUACAUCUAUCCGGUGCUGCAAGCCGCGGACAUUAUGCUUUACAAGGCGACGCAUGUGCCUGUGGGUGAGGAUCAGGUUCAGCACCUGCAGUUGGCGCAGUCGCUGGCGAGGGCGUUCAAUAACCGGUUUGGGGCGACGUUCCCGUUCUGCAACCCGAUCAUUUCCGACGACACCAGCUGCCGGCUCAAAUCGCUCCGCGAUCCAACGAAAAAGAUGUCCAAAUCGGAUCCCGACCCCAAGAGCUGCAUCAUGUUGACGGACAAAGCGGACGCGAUUCGGGAAAAGAUUCGGAAAUCCGUCACCGACUUUACCUCCGAGGUAACGUUCGAACCGGAAACGCGCCCGGGUGUGGCCAACCUGCUGACGAUUCAUUCGCUAGCGAGCGGGAAAAGUCCGCAGCUGAUUUGCGAAGAGGCUAAGGGAUUGAAUACCGGUCAGUAUAAGGGACUGGUGGCGGACGCGUUGGUUGCGCAUCUGGAGCCGAUUCGGGCGGAUAUUGACCGGUAUUUGGCGGACCCAGGGUAUUUGGCGACGGUUAUUGACGAGGGUUGCGAGAGGGCACGAGAGACGGCGGAAAGGACGCUGCACGAGGUGAAGGAGAAGGUUGGGAUGAAUGGGUUUAGCUUGGCGCGGUUAUCGGAAGUGGCGAGGAAAGAACGGGUUGAAUAAGGUAAUACAUAUGAAGAGUGUUUGAGAUGGUUA